GUUCUCUCAUAUAAUAACAAUAGUUGAAUACAGUAAUACAUUAAUUCACUGCGUAGCAUAUGUUUUACACUAUAAAACCGUAUUUAAUAUAUAUGCCAAAAAAUCCUAUAAUAAAGGCUACAAUAUUUCCCAAUAAUUAAUUGGAAAUAAUUAGAUUGGUUCGAUUAAUCAUUAGAAAUGCAUACAUUUUUAACACGAGGUAAUGCCAUAUUAGCAUAUACUUUAAGUGUAUCUGCUUGUCUUACAUUUUGCUGUUUUUUAUCAACUGUUUUUAAUAAUUAUAAAACAGAAGCAUCUAUAAAAACGGUCAAAAUAUUUGUAAAGAAUGUUCCUGAUUACAGUGCAUCCAGAGAGAAAAAUGACUUAGGAUUUUUAACAUUCAAUGUUCAGACUGAUUUAACAUCAUUAUUUAAUUGGAAUGUAAAGCAGUUAUUUAUUUAUGCCAUAGCUGAAUAUGAAACAGAUUACAACAGUAUUAAUCAAAUAAUUUUAUGGGAUAAGAUUAUUUUACGUGGCGAUAAUGCUGUGCUUGAUUUCAAAAAUUUAAAUACAAAAUACUAUUUUUGGGAUGACGGAAAUGGUUUAAGGGGGAACAAAAAUAUCUCAUUAUAUUUAUCAUGGAAUGUAGUUCCAAAUGCAGGACUUUUACCAAGUGUCAAUGCAAUUGGUCGUCAUAAUUUUGCAUUCCCAUCAGAAUACACAACGUUUCGUGUAUGAUUGAAGAAACUAAAUCAAUGUUUUUAAAUG